UCACAUUUACAUAUAUGCACUUGCGUAUCGACGAGGCAGCUGAGCUAGAGCUAGAGCUAGAGUCAGAGCUUGAGCUUGAGCUUGAGAUGGAGAACGGCGACGUGAAGCCUGCUCGCAGCUCGGUGGCGGCGAGCGCCAUGGCGGCCUCGUACAACGACCAGAUUCGGCCGCUGCUGGACGCCGUGGACCGGCUGCGGCAGCUGAACGUGAGCCAGGAGGGCAUCCAGCUCCCGACCAUCGUCGUGGUGGGCGACCAGUCCAGCGGCAAGUCGAGCGUGCUGGAGUCGCUGGCCGGCAUCAGCCUCCCGCGCGGGCAGGGCAUCUGCACCCGCGUGCCGCUCGUCAUGCGGCUGCAGGACGGCGACGACCCCCGGAUGCAGGUGGAGUACGGCAACGGCACCGUGGUGCCCGUCGCCUCCGAGGCGGAGGUCGCCGACGCAAUCGAAGCCGCCACGGCCGAGAUCGCCGGCUCCGGGAAGGGCAUCUCCGAGGCGCCCAUCACCCUCCUGGUGCGGAAGAAGGGCGUGCCGGACCUCACCCUGGUGGACCUGCCGGGCAUCACCCGCGUGCCCGUGCUGGGCCAGCCGGAGGACAUCUACGACCAGAUCGCCGGCAUCAUCCGGGCGUACAUCGCGCCCAAGGAGAGCAUCAUCCUCAACGUGCUGUCCGCGACGGUGGACUUCCCCACCUGCGAGUCCAUCCGCAUGUCGCAGCAGGUGGACCGCACCGGCGAGCGCACGCUCGCCGUGGUCACCAAGGCCGACAAGGCCCCCGAGGGCCUGCUCGAGAAGGUCACCGUGGACGACGUCCACAUCGGCCUCGGCUACGUCUGCGUCCGCAACCGCGUCGGCGACGAGACCUACGAGGAGGCGCGCGCGGCGGAGGCGGCGCUGUUCGCGGAGCACCCGCUGCUGUCCCGGAUCGACAAGUCCAUGGCGGGCAUCCCCACGCUGGCGCGCCGGCUGACGCAGAUCCAGGCGUCCAUCAUCGCCCGCUGCCUCCCCGACAUCGUCAAGCAGAUCAACGACAAGCUCGGGCGCAGCAGCGACGAGCUCGGCCAGAUGCCGCCGGACCUCGCCACCGUCGCCGAUGCCGUACGGGAGUUCUACCACAUCGUCAAGAAGGCGCGCGCCUCGCUGGAGAAGGUGCUCGUGCGGGGCGAGUUCGACGAGCACCCCGACGACCGCCGCCUCCACGGCACGGCGCGCAUCGCCGAGAUGCUCGCCUGCUACGCGAGCAAGCUGCCCGCCCUGUGCCCGGCGAGCGGCGAGCCGUUCCUGGUGGAGGAGAUGCGCGUCCUGGAGGAGACCAAGGGCAUCAACCUCCCCAACUUCCUGCCACGGUCGGCGCUCCUGGUACUGCUGAGGAAGAAGCUGGAGAGCGUGGCCCACGUCCCCCACGACCUCGUCGCCCAGGUGUGGGGCUACGUGGAGGAGCUGGUCAUGGGGAUCCUGCAGCGCCACUCGCGCAGCUAUCCGCAGGUGCAGCCGUCGUGCCGCCGCGCCGUGCAGAGCCUCAUGGACAAGGCGAGGGCGCGGUCGACGCAGCACGUCAAGGAGCUCAUCGACAUGGAGCUGGUGUCCGACUACACGGCCAACCCGGACUACACGACGAAGUGGAACAACACGAUGAAGGACGACGGCCAUGGCGUGUUCCUCCGAGUCGUGGAGGACCCAGGUCGCUCGCCGACAGUGGUCCUCCCGGGCUACGGGGAGACGGAUGUGUCGCACCUCAGGGCGCAUCCGAGGCUCGCCUCGCAGGCCUUUGACCUCAGGGCCCGCCUCGACGCCUACUGGAGCUGCGUCGUGCUCCGCCUCGUGGAUGGCCUGGCCCUGCACAUCCUGUACAGCGUCAAGCACCUCGUGGAGAAGGACCUCGAGGAGGAGCUCGCCGACCAGGUCGUCGGCAGCAACAUGGACGGAGUGGAGCGGAUGCUGGUGCCGACGCCGGCCACCGCCGCCAAGCGUGACCGCCUCAGGAAGAGCAUCUCGCUGCUCCGGGAGUGCCGGGAGCUCGUCGCCAAUACCAUGGACAAGAUUAACACCGCCACCACCGACCGCCUCUAGCUACGAUCGAGUUUCACCUCUAAAGCUAGCUACAUGAACACCAUGGAGCAAGAUUGAGCCAAAAAAAAAAACUACCAAUCCCAGUUGAUCGAGCUGAAGCCACAUCGAUCCAUCCCCACCCACCCACCCAUGAUCUAUCCAGUGUCGACACUUUCUAUGGGACGUAGGGAGUACUCGCUUAACUGUGUUACUGUGUAUGCCUUAAUUAUUGGUGUUCUCUAUCUCGGAAUAAUCUAAUAAUUAAUUACUAGUUA